CUUGAGUCUAUGGGCUUCAAGACAUUCGGAUUCGCCGGUGGCCGUAAGGAUACCUGGGAAGCGGACGAAUCUGUUUACUGGGGUGGUGAGACCACAUGGUUCGGGAAUGAUGUGCGCUAUUCCCAUGGUUUCGCCGGGUCUUCCAAGCAUGGUGCUGUUAUUGCCGAUGAAGCACCCCAUCGCGAUAUUCAUUCUCGCGAACUAGAAAAGCCACUUGCAGCAGCUCAUAUGGGCUUGAUUUACGUGAAUCCGGAAGGACCCGAUGGAAACCCCGACCCAGUCGCUGCAGCUCGGGACAUUCGUACCACGUUCGCUCGCAUGGCAAUGAAUGAUGAGGAAACUGUUGCGCUAAUUGCCGGUGGUCACACUUUCGGAAAGACCCACGGCGCGGCUUCCUCAGACCACGUUGAUGCUGAGCCUGAGGCUGCUGGUCUAGAGGCACAGGGCUUGGGUUGGCAGAACAGCUAUGGCUCCGGGAAAGGCGCGCAUACCAUUACCAGUGGUCUGGAAGUCACCUGGACAAAGACUCCAACCCAGUGGAGUUUGAACUUUCUCGAGUACUUGUUCCGCUUCGACUGGGUGCUGACCAAGAGUCCUGCGGGCGCCAACCAGUGGGUAGCUAAGGACGCAGAUGCCUUUAUCCCGGAUGCAUUCGAUCCAUCUAAGAAGCACCGACCACAGAUGCUUACCACUGACCUGUCUCUGCGAUUCGAUCCGGCUUACGAGAAGAUCUCACGCCGCUUCCUGGAGAAUCCGGAUCAGUUUGCAGACGCUUUCGCGCGGGCCUGGUUCAAGCUGACACAUCGGGACAUGGGGCCGCGUGCUUGCUAUAUCGGUCCAGAGGUCCCAGCUGAAGAGCUGUCCUGGCAGGAUCCCAUCCCAUCAGUAAACCAUCCGGUGAUUAAUGAGACCGAUAUUGCCGCACUCAAGCGGGAUAUUCUCGCAACCGGUGUCGAUCCUUCGACGUUCAUCUCGACUGCUUGGGCAUCAGCAUCGACUUUCCGGGGCAGUGACAAACGUGGCGGCGCCAAUGGUGCGCGUAUUCGCCUUGCCCCUCAGCGCAACUGGGAAGUAAAUAACCAGCCAUGGCUUGAGGCGGCAUUGAAGGCCCUGGAAGACAUCCAAGACAAAUUUAACAGCGCCCAGAACGAUGGAAAGCGAGUAUCCUUGGCGGAUCUCAUUGUGCUCGCUGGCUGCGCAGCUGUCGAGAAAGCUGCCAGCGAUGCCGGCCAUAUUAUCACCGUGCCUUUCACGCCGGGACGCAUGGAUGCUUCGCAGGACCAGACGGAUGUCGAGUCAUUCAAUCAGAUGGAGCCCGUGGCAGACGGAUUCCGGAACUAUGGCACAUCCACUGCUCGGGUGCGAGCUGAGCACUACCUGGUUGACAAGGCGCAGUUGCUCACUCUCUCUGCGCCUGAAAUGACAGUACUUGUUGGUGGUCUGCGGGCUCUGAAUGCCAACUACGAUGGCUCUGCCCAUGGUGUGUUUACUACCAGGCCAGGCCAGUUGACAAACGAUUUCUUUGUCAAUCUCCUUGACAUGAACACCUCGUGGAAGGCAUCUGGCCGUAACAAUGACAUUUACGAGGGCACCGACCGUAGAACCGGCUCUAAGAAAUGGACUGCUACCAGGGCCGAUCUUGUCUUCGGAUCUCAUGCCGAGCUGCGCGCCAUCGCCGAGGUGUAUGGCAGCAGUGAUGGAAAGGGGAAAUUCAUGAAAGACUUUGUUGCCGCUUGGGCUAAGGUCAUGGACCUUGACAGAUUUGAUCUAAACUAGGAUGUUACAUUAUCUAUGUCAGCCUUUGUGUACUCUUCGUCAUGUUUGGUUAUUCGUGUUGCAUAUACGCU